AUGAUGCAACCUUACAAAGGAUCCGAUUUCCUGGACACCGGGGCCAAGUCCCGUUCUCGCACCAGCAGCAUCUCCAGCGACUCGCAACACCCCCGAGUCAACCUCAUGUCUCCCCCCGCCGUUCGACCGCCGCCUGGUUUCGUUUCGUCGGCGGCCGCUUCCGAGAUCAUCACCUCCGACCAGGAGUUCAACGCUGCCGAUUUUGUCGCCGACGACGAGGAACCCGGGUCGGGCGCAAAUGCGCUGGUGACCCCCGCCGCGCUCUCUCUCUUGAACAAUUUUCUCGAUAACCUACUCUUCAACAUUCUCGCGGCAUCCAAAUCGACACAGUUGACUUCGAUCCGACCAUGUCUGGCCGAUGUCUUGAAGCCGCGACUGGCUGGAGAAGUCGUGGCUACCGCGGACGAGGAGCUGAGUGAAUACAUGGGCGGAGCGGAGGAUGAGCAGACCGAAUUUCGCGGCGGCCAGCAGCCGGGCGGGGAAUUCGACCUGGUACGCUCCUGGAAAUUGACGCGCCUACGGUGUAUGGUCUACACUCGCCUGGGCGACAUGGAAGAGGAGGACGAGGACGAAUAUAUUGCUCAGGAGGGCCUCGGGGAGUGCGACGGAGCCCCCCGCCGUUUCUCCAGCCAUGUCGACAACAUCACCCCCGCGGCAGCCAUUUUCUUGACCUCGAUCAUCGAGCACAUUGGCGAGCGAGCCCUCGUCAUUGCGGGCGAAACGGCGCGCUCCCGGCUGUCAGCGAAGCUCAACGACAGUGCGAGUGUCUCAACCGACAUGGAAGAAGAGCACAAGACAAUCGACCAAUUGGUAGUGGAGGACCUUGACAUGGAGAAAUUGGCCUUGAAUGCGACACUGGGCCGUUUGUGGCGCACGUGGAGAAAACGCAGACGCGGCACUACCGUCUCUCGAACCCUGUCUCGGGCGGAGUCUCGGGAGUCUUUCCGGCGUCGCGGCUACUCCCUCGCCAACAGUCGCAAGAGCAGCAUUGGAACCAUUGAGGAGCCGGUGACUCCCAAGGAGCCUCUCCCGGAAGAGGAACCUACUCCUGUGGACCCGGCAGCGGUGCCUCUGCCGAUGGGCGACCACGAUGUCCUGGAGAUUGAGGUGCCCGGUUACUCGCACGAGCUGGAGGGUGAGGUACAGACUAUGGAGGCCAUGGUUGCCCACAAGGUGCGACCGCGGAGUUUGAUGGUUUUCCCUUCACCUUCGCUUACGCCGAGAUCCCCCGGGUCGCGAAACGCGUCUCCUGUGAGUGCCUCGGCCAUUGAGAACCCGAAGUCGCUUCGCCAUUCUCGCUCCAGGUCAUUGCCAAAUGCGGCGGCCAGCACACCAUGCGAGGUGCAGGAGCCUGUAGAGGACGAACAACCAUCCCCGACUUCCAGCGAAAAGGCCAAGAUGCUCGAAACCAUGUACGAGGAUGACGAAUCGGCCGAAUUUGUGGAUGCUGCAGAAUCCGCGACUGGCCUUGCUAUUUCCACGCCGAGCGAAGAGCCGGAGGUGGCUGAAUCUGACGAUAAAGCGAGAAUGCCGAUCGUGCAUGAGGAAGAGGAACCAGGUCCGCCAGUCAACGAAACGGUCGCAUCUUUGCGAUCUGCUAGCCCGGAGGAGGAGAUGAUCGAUCAAAUUACCAACACGCGAGUUCCGGUUUCAUCCCUAGAUGAUCGAUCAGCCAACGGCCCGGAGGUGAUUGAAGGACAAGGGAUGUGCGAGAAGCCCCGACCUCCGUCAACGAUUCAACGACCACGCCGACAGUCUAGCAGAGAUUCUGCACAGUCUAAUGCAAAGGCGAUCGUUGCAGAGACUAGCGAGCUGGACAUGCAAUCCGUCGUGGUGGCCCCGCAGACGCAAGGGGCAGAACCCACAACACCCGCUGCCACCAUCGAGGCUAUCGAAUCUCCUAACGACAAAGAUGAUGCUAUCGACGACGAUCAGAAUAAGUCGGUCAUGUCUUCUACCCCUGCGACUCAGCCCGCCGUCGAAGAUGUCGCGCCCGAGACGACUCAGGGGCCUUCCGUUUAUCCCGAAACCACUCGACCUUCGUCAACUUCUGGAGAUAGCGAGCUUUCAUCAAGGUCCCGCAGACAUAAGCCUACUCCGUUGAUUGUCGCAGCCAGCAACCGCAGUUCUGCAGGAGCCGAGCGUGCAGCCGUUCAGCGAAUGCCUCCACGCCCAUCAACAUCCAUCUCUUCGGCCCAACCGAAGUCUCGUCGAUCAGAGAGCUUUAACAGUUCCCGUGACAAGCGUCCAGUCACAGCUGGCUCGACCACAUCCCAAGUGUCUACCAAAAUCAAGGGCAUCAUGGGCCGCCAACCCGGGGAUUCCCCUUCGCUCCGUCUUCGCAGCUCGUCCGAGACAAGCCGGGAAUCUGGCAGUGGUGACUCUGUGGAAAAUGAUACCUCGGCAGAUCUGGACAAGCUGAUCAACAGCGACGAGACAAUCCAUUUCACGCUGACACCGCGAAGUGUAAGAGAAAUGUCUUUCCCCGAAUCGGGUCGGCCGUUCCCUCGGUCAGAUACCAAGGACACCCAUGAUCUGGCCGAUUUCAUCAAAAACACGGGUCCAUACGGCGAGGAACCUCACAAGGCUCGGGCCUCUAUUUCUUCGAAAGCGACUGGAGAGUUGACGUCUCUCGGACGUGUCAGAUCGACCCUCGACUCCCCCAAGAGCAUUUCUGUCCCUCCCAUAUCCCCCAUUUCUCCUCGUGUGCCUCCCUCACCCAAGCCUUCCGCAUCUCCACAGGCCCGGGAUGCCCGCCCUUCCGCCAAUUCGACUCGGGAGUUUGCCGAGUUCAUCAAGUCGACUGGACCUGUCAGCCCCAGCGGAAGUACAUUUACUCCCAGCCCUCCUCCGAGCGUGAUGUACCAGCAGGGCAGCUUCGGAGGUGCCAAGACUUCUCGUCCUCCGUCGACCCUGUCAAGCAGCACAAAGAGCACGAGCAAUUCAAAUCAAUCUCGAGCCAAGUCUCGUCUUGUUGAACCCCAGCGUUCGGCCACGUCUGAGCUUAUCGACUUCAUCCGCGAGGGGCCUUCGCAGCCAGGAACUCACCGUAUCCCUCGGACAGUUGCACCAUUCCGAAACACGGCUGACUCGGAUGACCUGCGCCUCGACUCUGCUCAGCAGGACAAGGGCACCUCUCUUGCCAGUGCCCAAGAAAGCUCUCGCACUGGAGUCCUGGACUCAUCUAAGCGCAUCCCUAGCCAGCCCAAGGCGAAACCCUCAGCAAGUGAUGCUGUGUCAGACGACCCUCGUCCUACUCGCAAGCAGCACCGAGUUCUCGAUCCCUACGCUAUCCCCGACGACGAUGAUGAGGAAGAGGACGAUAUGCUGGAAGACCUCAUCAAUGCCAAACCACCUCAGCGUCAAGAAGAGAGCUUGAUUGAUUUCCUGCGAAGCGAGCCUCCGCCCGAUUUCCAGCAAUCCGCUCCUCAACCGCUGAACAUUAACAUUCCUCAACAGUCGAGCUCCAACGGGUUCGUGAGCAGCGCAUCAGACCUAAAGUCCCGCUUGCGCCGAGGCAACGCAGACAAAGGACCUUCGAACAAGAUGUCUCUCAGUUCACUGCGCUCUCAAAACACCCUCAGCAACGGACAAUCCCCAUCAAACUACGCCGCCAAGAUUGGCAUGGAACGCAACCCAGGCACGAUCCCGUCCGCAUCCAACAAGCAGACGGAGACCGGCGCACUGGCAGACUUCCUGCGCAACACCGGCCCCCCCGAGCCUCGAGUUAACAUGAACCCCAAGAUGAAGGAGGGUUCAUUCUCGCGAUUCUUCUCUCGGCGCCGGAAGGUCGAGGCCUAA